AUGGCACACCAAUUUUCGCUCCCUCCCCUUCCCUACGCCUACGAUGCACUGGAACCCAUCAUCUCCAAACAAAUCAUGCAACUCCAUCACCAAAAACACCAUCAAACGUACAUCACAAACCUGAACGCCGCUCUCGCCGCACAAGAACAAGCCCACGCCAGCGCUGACAUCGACAUCCGCCACCUCAUCACCCUCCAACAGAAGAUCAAAUUCCACGGCGGCGGACACAUCAACCAUUCUCUGUUCUGGAAGAACCUGGCGCCGUACGGGUCCGCAGACACGGAUCUUUCGCGUGCGGCGCCGACAUUGAAGGCCGCUAUCGAGACGCAGUGGGGUGACGUGCGUGCGUUCAUGGAUGCGUUUGCAGCGACACUGCUGGGUCUCCAGGGUAGUGGUUGGGGAUGGUUAUGUCGAGGUUCGGAUGGGCGGUUGGAAAUUGUUCAGACUAAGGAUCAGGAUCCGGUCGUGGAUAAGGUGCCGGUUUUGGGGGUGGAUAUGUGGGAACAUGCUUAUUAUCUUCAGGUCCUCUUUCCGUCUCUCCUCUUUGAUGACUGUGGCUAA